CAUCGGGGGUGGCCGGGAGGGCGGGAACGUGACUCAGCAGGCGGCGCGGGGCUGAGUCAGCCGGAGCGCAUAUAGAGCGUGCGGCACCGCGCCCCGCGGCAGCGCAGCGACAUGGAGCUCCCGUGGCUGGGCCGGCACUGCUCGGAGCGGGCCUGCAGGCAGCUCGACUUCCUUCCUCUGAAAUGCGACGCGUGUGGGGAAGUCUUCUGUAAAGACCAUAUCCGCUACGAGGACCACAGCUGUAGCUCUGCCUACAAGAAGAAUGUGCAGGUUCCAGUGUGUCCACUCUGUAAUGCGCCUGUCCCUGUACGGAAGGGUGAAGUACCAGAUAUUGUGGUUGGAGCCCACAUGGAUAAGGACUGCAAAUACAAUCCAGCACAGCAAAAGAUCUUCACAAACAAGUGCUUAAAGCCAGGCUGCAAAAGGAAAGAGAUGAUGAAAGUAGUUUGUGAGCAGUGUGGUGGCAACUUCUGCAUAAAGCAUCGGCAUCCUCUGGAUCAUGACUGUAAAGCGAGCAGCCACCCCAUCUCCAAGGCUGGAUACGCAGCUCUGAAGCGAGCCUCUCAAGCUGCCUUCAAGUCAACAGGAGCAAUUGCAGUGCCAUCUAAUGGGAACCUUCAGCACAACAGGUAUAAGCUGUGGAGUGAGGAAAAGACAAACAAGAUUUAUAAAGUACUUUUAUGUCAACGCAGCAUAGCAGUGCUGCUGUCAUACAUCUAACUGCUGUAGGGCUGGUAGUUGACCUUUGAUCCGUACUGGGAACGCAAUAGGAUUCUGGUAGCAUGAGUGAAUGCUUGCUUCUCCACACUGCAGGAAUUAAAAUGGCUACGUAGACACCAGCAUUGGGACACAGAGUUGCUCACUGGGGCAGCUGAUUGUCUCCCACUGGCCCAGUAUGAGGCUUUUGGUCAAGUCCUGGGAAGCUGGUGCUUCAUCAGAGUGCUGAAAAGCACAGCAAGCCUCUGAAUGAACGGCCUGAGGCCUUCCCUGCCAUGGGGUAUCUCCUUGUGACUGUAAGUUCUUAGUGGUGUGGCUCUUACCGUGCAUUCUUUAUGUC